GAGUCCUCCAGCCUUCAGGGAUCUGUCGGGGUUUGUCCGGGGUGACAUUUGCAGCAGAUUCAUCGUCCUCUGACUGGAAAGCUUUGAAAAAGGUCUCAAGACAAUGAUGGAGCUAAUGUCUGCAACACCUUUCUAUCACAUAAAUAUGACAGAUGCUACUGGGAAAAAUGGGUCUUUGUAUGACGAUGACGAGUAUGACUACAAGGAUGAGCAUGCUGAGCUGAGACAGUCUCUCAACAUCAUGUCUGUUGUUAUCUACUGUCUGGCUUUCAUUCUGGGUGUGCUUGGAAAUGGAGUGGUUAUCUGGGUGACGGGGUUCAAGAUGAAGAAAACAGUGAACACAGUUUGGUUCCUCAACCUUGCUGUGGCUGACUUCCUCUUCACAGCAUUCCUUCCUUUGAGUGUGACAUACACAGCUAUGGAUUUCCACUGGCCCUUUGGCAAGUUCAUGUGCAAACUAAACAGCACCAUAAGCUUUCUGAACAUGUUUGCCAGCGUGUACAUUCUGGUGGUGAUCAGCGUGGACAGAUGUGUGUCUGUGGUAUGGCCCGUCUGGGCCCAGAACCACAGAAGUGUUAGCAAGGCAUCCUGUGUGAGUCUGGGUGUUUGGGUGCUGGCUCUGAUUCUUAGCACUCCAUACUUCAUCUUCAGGGACACUGGACCAUCAUAUAACAAUGAAGACAUCAUCAACUGCUUCAACAACUUUGCCUUUUCUGAUGACUACGAAACACCAUCUGUGAAUCAGUUGAGGCAUUUUCGUCAUCAGGCCAUGACCAUCACCCGCUUCCUCCUGGGUUUUGUUGUCCCCUUCAGUGUCAUUGUCUCCUGUUAUACUGUGAUAAUCCAUCGUCUCAGGAGGAACCGCACCCUGGCCAGCCACUCAAGUCGCCCCUUUAAGAUCAUUGCUGCCGUUAUCACCACUUUUUUCCUGUGCUGGGCUCCUUAUCACAUCAUGGCUCUAAUUGAGUUGGUGAAUCACAUGGCUACUCAUACAAGUGAAGUACUAGACCAUGUCACCACUAUUGGGGUCCCUAUAGCCACCAGCCUGGCAUUUCUCAACAGUUGUCUGAAUCCACUGCUGUAUGUGUUCAUGGGCCAAGAUUUCAAAGAUAAAGUUCGCAAAUCCAUCCUGAAUGUAUUGGAGACUGCUUUCCAGGAGGAGGUUUCUCGCUCUUACACCUAUACAAACUCAAUGGUCACCAGUCGGAGCAAAGAGAAGUCAGUUUCUGAUGCUGAAGUUUAAAGUUGCCCAUGAUAUUAAUAAAUACUAUAAUUGUACAUAGCAAAUGUAAUUGUAUAUACCAAAUAGCUUUUUUUGUUUUGUCAUUUUUAAUGUAACUGCCCCUAUAGGCAAUCUCUGCAUAUUGUUUUAGUU